UUCACGUGGUUGACACUGAUGGCGAGGCAGCAGAGGGACAGCGGAGAUGUUUGUGUGGAGCAGGACGCACGUCUCUGUGCGGCUCAGUCGGGUGAACCGGUUCAGUUCGGGCUCUGCUCGGCGGUUUGCAGGAGGAGGGGGUGGAGCCGUCACAUUCUGGAAACGGAAACAGGCGCUUUCUUUUGAUUCACGUCAUGAUUUUGAUGCUUUGCUCUGAGCCGUGACGUCAGAACUUUGAAGUUCUGAAGCCUUGUUGUCCAGAGCAACGGAGCAGCUGCGUGCAGUAACAGGACGUGGCCAGCAGAUGGCGCCACGCGGCAACAGCAGCGAGUAAAACUGAAAAUCAAACUUCUGACAACAAAUAACAAGUUUGACGUAAAAUGUGAGAAAACGCGGAUCCGACGACAAAUGAACAGAGUCGCUGAAAAACGUGUUUGUCAUCAACGUUUUAAUCGAAGCGACUGAAGCUUCUGGUCCCAUCAUGUGAUUUGAAUCCUUUUCUCGUUACUCGGAACCAGACUCGGUCCUUCUGUCUAGAACCACGUUGCAGCGGACCCAGCUGAGGGCUGCGGUCAUGUGACAGAACCGAAGCUUUUCUUCUUCCAGCAUAAAUGAGGAAACGUGAUGAAGGUCGGGCUGAUGAAGAGGAGGAGGUGGAGCUGAGACUGAACAACUUUUGUACACGCGGCUGAGUCGCUUCAGUCCGUUGGUCGAGACUCUGGAAGUAAUGACGUUACCGGACCGGACCGCGGCUCUCGGGUCGUUUCCUUCAUCGAUCCUUCCAGUUUCUCCUGUUCCAGACUCAAACUCACGAAUCGCACGUGAGCGGGCUUCGUCUCCAGACAGAUCGAGCCGAGUCGAACCGAUCGUUCUGGAUCCUCAACUCUUCCCUGCCUGGCGUCGCUCCUCUGCGGACUUAAAGACACGUUUUUGCUGACAUCUCUGAUUCUGGGUUCGGCAGGAUUGUUCUCAGCACUUUGGUUCUGUUCCAGAUGCUCGCUUGACGCAGCGUGUUGUUUUCCUCCGCUCGCCUUGUUUCAUCAUGUGGAGCCUGUUGAUUUAAAUACUUCCAGCCUUUUACUUUCUCGACGCUGCAGCUGGUUCUUGUCACAGUUUGUCUUUGUUGUGUGGCUUCACUUCAGGCUGUGCAUGAAGCUGGUAAUCAGAACCAGGGACCCAAAGAACUUACAGAACCCAAAAGCAACCGUUCAUUUACGAAAAACCACUGGGAAGAGUUUGAGGCUUGAGGAAUUCCAGGUAAAGCCAGUUCCCAUCACCAUAUGCUGAAAGCUUUGGGAAUCAUUAGCAGGAGCCUGAAGGAAGUUCUUCAGAACCUGGGAAUCUGGGACUGGUUUCCUCUGUGACCUCAUCGCUGUCGAAGGAGUCUGGGUCACGUCUGAGAUGUAAAGAAGGAAACUGAGGAACCCUCAGGGACCCAAGGCUUCCUGUACGUGUAAGGAGUGAAGCUCUCUGAGGAACCAUAAGGGCCCAGAACCAUCGGACCCAUGGGCACCCUGCGGGACCUGCAGUACGCUCUACAGGAGAAGAUCGAGGAGCUGCGGCAGCGCGACGCCCUCAUCGACGAGCUGGAGCUGGAGCUGGAUCAAAAGGAUGAGCUGAUCCAGCGGCUCCAGAACGAGCUGGACAAGUACCGGUCUGUGAUCCGGCCUGCCACAGCCCAGCAGGUCCAAGCCCAGCAGCACAGCCUUGUCCUGCAGCCGGACCAGCACCGCAGCAAACGCCAGGCCAUCUCUGCUGAGCCCAUGGCCUGUGACAUCAUGGACCUCAGCCACGUCACCCUGCCCUUCUAUCCCAAGAGCCCAGAGUCCAAGGAGCUGAUUAAAGAAGCCAUCCUGGACAACGACUUCAUGAAGAACCUGGAGCUGUCGCAGAUCCAGGAGAUCGUGGACUGCAUGUACCCGGUGGAUUACAGCAACGACGCCUGCAUCAUCAAGGAGGGUGACGUGGGCUCGCUGGUGUUUGUCAUGGAAGAGGGGAAGGUGGAGGUGACCAAAGAGGGGAUGAAGCUGUGCACAAUGGGGCCCGGCAAGGUGUUUGGAGAGUUGGCCAUCCUCUACAACUGCACCAGAACGGCCACCGUCCGCACUCUGACCCACGUGAAGCUGUGGGCCAUCGACCGCCAAUGUUUCCAGACCAUCAUGAUGAGAACUGGACUCAUCAAACACGCAGAGUACAUGGAGUUUCUUAAGAGCGUUCCCACCUUCCAGGACCUUCCAGAGGAAACUCUCAGUAAACUGGCGGACGUCAUGGAGGAGACUCACUAUGAAGACGGAGAGUUCAUCAUCAGACAGGGAGCCAGAGGAGACACCUUCUUCAUCAUCAGCACAGGGAAGGUGAACGUGACUCAGGAGGACUCGGCCAAUCAGCAGAGCGUUCACCUGAGGGAGCUGGCCAGAGGGGACUGGUUUGGAGAGAGAGCUCUGCAGGGGGAAGACGUCAGAACCGCCAACGUCAUUGCCGCAGAGUCUGUCACCUGCCUGGUCAUCGACCGAGACUCCUUCAAGCACCUAAUUGGUGGGUUAGACGAUGUGUCUAAUAAGGGCUAUGAGGAUGCUGAGGCCAAAGCCAAAUAUGAAGCAGAGAACGCCUUCUUCUCCAACCUGAAGCUCAACGACUUCAACAUCAUCGACACAUUGGGAGUCGGAGGUUUUGGACGCGUCGAACUGGUGCAGCUGAAGACCGACGAGGCCAAAACGUUUGCCAUGAAGAUCCUGAAGAAGCGGCACAUCGUGGACACACGACAGCAGGAGCACAUUCGCUCCGAGAAGCACAUCAUGACCGAGGCUCACUCCACAUUCAUUGUCAGGUCAGUCACUCGUCCUCAUUCAGGUUCUGUGAUCAGGCGCGCUAACCACACCACCUCCUGCCCCUCCAGGCUCUACCGCACCUUUAAAGACAGCAAGUACCUGUACAUGCUGCUGGAGGCCUGUCUGGGAGGAGAGCUGUGGACCAUCCUGAGGGACAGGGGUUCCUUCGAAGACUCCACCACCAGGUUCUACACGGCCUGCGUGGUUGAAGCCCUCGCCUACCUGCACGCCAAAGGCAUCAUCUACCGAGACCUGAAGCCUGAAAACCUGAUCCUGGACAGCCGAGGAUACGCCAAACUGGUCGAUUUUGGUUUUGCAAAGAAAAUUGGUUUUUGUAAAAAAACAUGGACGUUCUGCGGGACUCCAGAGUACGUGGCUCCGGAGAUUAUACUCAACAAGGGGCACGAUGUCUCUGCAGAUUACUGGUCUCUGGGCAUCCUCAUGUACGAGCUGCUGACUGGCAGUCCCCCGUUCUCAGGACCAGACCCAAUGAAAACCUACAACGUCAUCCUGAGAGGCAUCGACAUGAUUGAGUUCCCCAAGAAGAUCACCAAGAACGCCGGCAACCUCAUCAAGAAGCUCUGCAGAGAUAAUCCCUCCGAGAGACUCGGGAACCUGAAGAACGGCGUGAAGGACAUCCAGAAGCACAAGUGGUUUGAAGGCUUUAACUGGGAGGGUCUGAGGAAGGGAACCCUGACUCCACCCAUCAUACCUGAUGUUUCUUCUCCGACUGACACUGGUAAUUUUGAUAGUUUCCCUGAAGACACAGAUGAACCUCCACCAGACGACAAUUCUGGGUGGGACUAUGACUUUUAAGUGAAGUCAGAAUCUUGAAGGAGCAGAACCUUAUGCCUCACGCUGGAACAAGGGGACGUGGGCUGCUCCUCCUCUGGACCCAACUCAUCCCACAACGACGGAACCAAACAAACUGUCCCAGUGGAGAUGAGGACACAUGCCAGUCUGACUCCUUCCUGCUUUAGAAACGGCCGUUGGGGUGAAGUAUCGGCACCUUCUAAACUCUGGAGCGUUCUCCCAUCAUGCUAGAGCUGAGACCUGAGAUCCUGAGGCCAGCAGCGCAGUGUGGUCAGUCACACGGUCCAGGCCUCCGCGCCCCACAGGCCGUGGGUGCUCCCUGAAGAACGGUAAGCUGUGGAUCACUGGACACAGCCAAGGACAUGAUGGGUCCCUGACUUCAGUGGAGCUUCACCUAAUACUGAAGGAUGAAGUUUAACCUAAGACUGAGCAAAAAAGCUCGAGGUCACCCUGAUGCCUUCACGCUUCCUGUUUUCACAAGCUUCAUAAAGCUUCACAUCCAAAGACAGAGACAAGGUUGGAUGAUGGAACACAUCAUUCAUUUCUACCUUUAACCAUCUCCCUGUGAUGGAAAUUACAGCAUGAUAUCUCAUAUUUUGGACAGAUUUCCAAAACUUCCUAUAGGUCUUUGUUUAUAAGACAUGUGAAUCUCAGGAGGGACAUUCAUGGUCUGCAUGCACACAGGGGUCUGCUGACAACUACCCAAGGUACCUGUAAGGUAACUGACCUACAACAAGUGCCCCAAAGACGUGUCCCAAAAACGCUAACGUUUCCUGACACGAUGCACACACAGUAGCUCCAUGAAGCAGCGGCUGGUGUAGACACGUGAUGUUUGCUUUCACAAACCUUUUGAGAGUUGAUUCGUGUUUUAAUAUGUUUAUAGGUAUGUUGUGAACUUUUAUAAACACGGUGGAUCAUUUGUUUCAAAGCCUUUAUGUUAGCGGUGUGAUAUUCCUGUAACAUGGUCAGUGAUGAGCUCUGCAUGAUAGCACUGGUUAACAGCAUGUUUGGUCUUCACCAGUAAACACUAGGACCCACUAGGACCCACUAGGAUCCAGUAGGAUCGAGUGUGACAGUUUAAUAGACAGCAGCAUCCAGUUUGACACAAGAAAUCACAGAUGAAGUAUUAAUUUAAAAGAUUUGUUUGGACCAGAAAGAAAUGUAUUCAUGUUCAUAUUAACUCUUAGUGAUGAAGGUAUUUUGUGGUUAUAGAUUUCUAUGAAUUGUCAAGAUUUCCAUGUAUAUAUUUGAAGUAUAGUGCUUUAUGAUGUUCAGUUGUAAUUAUUAUUAUUAUUAUUAUUAUUAUUAUUAUUAUUAUUAUUAUUAUUAUUAUUAUUAUUAUUAUUAUUAUUAUUGUUAUUAUUGUGGCCGUGAUGGUAGCUGAAACACUCUGUCUCUCAGUUGAGAAAAGCUUUAUGGGCAUGACUGUUAAAACUAAAGUCAUUUUGCUAAUAAAAGGUUGGAUCUGUUCUUUUCUUGAAAAUCAUUUUGAGGUACAGGAUUUAACCUGGAUGAGGUUUUAAUUUAUAUAACUUGUGUUUUCCAUUCCGAUAGUGUUUAACUAUUGUGCUGUCGGGACUCAAACCAGCGACCUCCCACACCAGGCAGCACCAAUGCCACUUAGGGACUGCUUCAAUGACUUGUUAAAACUACAUACAAAGGUACUGCAUUUGUAUUCUGACUACUGCAGCACCAGCAAAGACAUUUUAAUUGAUUUCACAAUAAAUAAGGGGACAGUCUUUGGAAUCUUAUAAAUACUUCAGCUACACUUCUACUUCACACAUGACAUGCUUGCACCAGGGGCCAUGCUGACCUUCUCUGUAUUAUUCCACAUUAUCACGUGUUAACAGGCUGUAACGCAUCAUCCUAGGUCCUGGUACCAUGUAGUACUGGACCUAAGUCUGUGUGGAAGUUCUGUGCAGAGAAGGCUUUAGGUUAGACUGUGAGGUGGGAGAGUGGGAGGAGGAACUCAUCGCCAUUAUUGUCUCAGAGCCACAGGACACCAACAGACAGAACCCAACAGGCUUCAUGCGUAGCACGAGACGACAUGGACCAAGCACUGGAUUCCAGCUGUGGACGGGUCCAAACUGUCCCUGUGUGUUCCUAUGUGUCAACAUGUGUCCUUUGGACUUCCAGGUUUAAACAUCUUCCACAUAUGAGAAUUUUAAUUUACUGGAACGUUUGUUUAACCCUAGAACACCAUCACUGUACACUGAUUUAAAAAGUCUACCGUUUUACAAGGCGUAAGUUUGCAGUUGAUCGUUGCUCGUAGCUAAAGGAGAAUGAAGUCUGAAUAAGUCUGCUGUUAAUUGCUAUGAACUUCUGUCAAUAAAAUCUAAAAUGUUAAA